CCGCGCCCGGAGGGGUGGAGCCUGAGCGAGGAAUCCGCGAGCAGUCCUCUCUCCCCGGAUGACGAGCAGCAGGAUAACAUGGAGUCGGGCAAGAUGGCGCCUCCCAAGAACGCUCCGAGAGAUGCCUUGGUGAUGGCACAGAUCCUGAAGGAUAUGGGAAUUACGGAGUACGAACCAAGGGUUAUAAAUCAAAUGUUGGAAUUUGCUUUCCGAUAUGUGACUUCAAUUCUGGAUGAUGCAAAAAUUUAUUCAAGCCAUGCUAAGAAACCUAAUGUUGAUGCAGAUGAUGUGAGACUGGCAAUCCAGUGUCGGGCUGACCAGUCUUUUACCUCUCCUCCCCCGAGAGAUUUUUUACUGGAUAUUGCAAGGCAGAAAAAUCAAACCCCUUUACCACUGAUUAAGCCAUAUGCAGGACCCAGACUGCCACCUGACAGAUACUGCUUAACAGCUCCAAACUAUAGGCUAAAGUCCUUAAUUAAAAAGGGACCUAACCAAGGAAGACUAGUUCCACGGUUAAGUGUUGGUGCUGUUAGUAGCAGACCUACCACUCCUACUAUAGCAACCCCACAAACAGUGUCUGUCCCAAAUAAAGUUGCACCUCCAGUGUCAGUGACAAGCCAAAGAUUUACGGUGCAGAUUCCACCUUCUCAGUCCACACCUGUCAAACCAGUUCCCGCAACAACUGCAGUUCAAAAUGUUCUGCUUAAUCCUUCAAUGAUUGGGCCCAAAAAUAUUCUUAUUACCACCAACAUGGUUUCAUCACAGAACACGGCCAAUGAAUCAAACCCAUUGAAGAGAAAACAUGAAGAUGAUGACAAUGAUACUAUGGAUUCAAAGAGGAUGAACAAGGCCCAGUAAUUCUGAGGUCCAAAAAGCAAGAUUUGCUUAAUGGAUGAUUAUAAAUCAGGGAAUUGCUUGCUUUUAUUUGGAAUCAGCAUGUGACUCAUCAUAAUGAAGCAAAAUAAAUAUGAAAGGAUAUGGGUUUAAAUCUGUUAACAUAACAUGCUCUGUCUUUAGUGGGAAUUUAUACAUAUAAUUGAGGUUGCAAUCUGAGUGUUCAUUCUCUUAGCCAGCCAGUGGGUGGUUUGCCCUUUCCGAUGAAGACUGCUUUAUCUUGCAGAUCUCCCUUUCCUAAUUACAUCCACCCAUUCUAGCAUCAAGAAUGACUUAAGGGACUUCCCUGGUGGUGUAGUGGCUAAGAAUCUGCCUACCAAUGCAGGGGACAUGGGUUCGAGCCCUGGUGCGGGAAGAUCCCACAUGCCGCGGAGCAACUAAGCCCAUGAGUCACAACUGCUGAGCCUGUGUUCUACAGCCUGCGAGCCACAACUACUGAGCCCGUGCACCACAACUACUGAGCCCACGUGCUGCAACUACUGAGCCCACGUGCUGCAACUACUGAAGCCCAUGUGCUCUAGGGCCCACAUGCCACAACUACUGAAGCCAAUGCACCUAGAGCCUGUGCUCCACAACAAGAGAAGCCACCGCAAUGAGAAGCCCAUGCACUGCAACGAGGAGUAGCCCCCGCUCACUGCAACUAGAGAAAGCCCACAUGCAGCAAUGAAGACCCAACACAGCCAAAAAUUAAUUUUUUUAAAAAAAGAAUGACUUAAGGCAGCUCUUGUCCUCCGGCUUCUAGGUGGAAUUUUUUUUAAAAGAUGUACUGAUAGGAAAUGAGGUGAGGACACUGUCGUCCCAAGUUCUUCCUUCUACAAGUAGGAAACAAGUGUCUUUGAUCUGAGUAAGAAUAUAGGAAUACAGCCACUAUGCAGGGAGAAUGGAAGAUGUGGCCUAAGGAGUCCAGAGUGAAGAGAAGUAACUCAGGAGGUAAGGAAAAAAAACAUCAGAACGACAGGUACAAAGCAGUGUGUGUAAUUAUGCCACCAUACACCAACACACACGUACACAUGCAUACCCUUUUUAUAUGCAUUAAGUAGCUCGAGAUUGAAGUAAACCAGUCUUACAGUGAUUGGUUGCUUCUAAGAAGGGAAACUGGUGGCUAGGGGACUAAGGUAGGAAGGAGUCUUCUCAUUGUACUCCUUUUUGACUUUUGUAUCAUGUACUAGAGGGAAGUUUUGGACAUAAAAAGGAAAAGAAAGGAAGCAGGAAACACUGAACUAAAGAAGAGAUUGAACUCAUUUAUGAUGAUUAUAAUUUUUUUUCUAUAUACAGGCAUACAUAUGUUGUCUGGGGGUUAAAAGUGAAUUUGCUACACUUAAGCCUAAACCUUUGCAGUGUUUUAUCAAUAAUUCAUAACUCUGUAUUAAAUCAGGAAGCACAUACUUGUACAAUUCUAGUUUAUAUAUGCAUAAAUUGUUUGUUAUAUACUAUCUUCCUUGACUAGGUUGUAAAUUCCUUCAGGAGAUAACUGCUAUCAUCUUAUACUGCCUCUAUUAUGUCCUGAGCAUAUAGCAGGUACUCAAAAUAUUUGGCUGUUUGUGUUUCCCCAUUCAUUUUCUGGAUUAAUGACUGAAAUAAAUGGGGAAAAGAUCCUGGAAGCAGAGUCUGGUAGAAAUUACUUAUAAGGUACAAUCAGGGGUUGAUGGAUGGACGAAUGGCAGUUGUAGAGUCUAAGUGUUAGGUUUAUGGGUGUUUACAAUUCUUUCAAUUCCUCUGUACAUUUGAAAUAAUAAAAUGUUGAGGGAAAGGUAAACAGUAGGGGAAGAAAGUCAUCAGUAUGCUAAAGUUCUGGCCCAGCUAUGACAUUAAUUCUCUGGAUCAAUGUGUAGCAUCUCUGGGCCUCACCUACAAAAAAGAUUGUACUAGAAUUCCUGCUUCUCAAACCAGGGUAGAGCAUGCCAUUAGAGAUGUGCAGAAAUAUGGUGUUUUUAAAAAUUAACUACAACUAUGGUGACAG